AUGGCAAAAGAAGUCCACAUUGCAGCUAAAUCCAAUACAUACGAAAAGCUGAGUUCCUGGCAUAGCAACAUACAGAUUCAUCCCACGAUAGACCGUGCCUACAAGGAUGGUUCGGUUGUUUUCCAAGAUGGGAAAGUCGUGUACGCCGAUGCCAUAGUGCAUUGCACCGGUUACAAUUAUCGCUUCCCUUUUCUCGAAACCAACGGUUAUGUGACCAUCGAGGAUAACCGUGUUGGACCACUCUACAAGCAUGUCUUUCCGCCGGCGCUUGCCCCCGGGCUCUCCUUUAUCGGGUUACUUUCAAUGGCGCUACAAUUCUUUAUGUUUGAGCUCCAAAGCAAAUGGGUCGCGUCGGUUCUAUCAGGUCGUGUUAAGCUUCCUUCGAAGGACAAAAUGAUGGAAGAUGUUAUAGCUUUCGAUACGAAAAUCUUGAAUCUUUGGAUAUUCCCAAGAGAUUUACGCAUUUUCUAA